UUAAAAAAAGAAAAUUGAAAUUAUAUUGGGCGAACUGAUUCGAAGGGCUGGUUCGAGCAUCUGCAUCUCAGAACAGCCAGGCGUUGCUACGGCAAGUACUUGCUCUCAAGUAGCAAGUUCCCAUCAAUGGCUUCUCUAAUGUCUCUUCAGCGCUCUGGAAACUCCUUUAUCUCCUCUCACUUCAGACUUCCAUUAACCCCACAACCCCCGGCACUGCUAUCUUUCACUCCCACCCCAUCCAAACCUCUUUGCAACUACGCAAUUCCAAAUGCCCACAACCCCAGGGUCUAUAGCCACCGCGUUGGCGUCUCUCACCGCCAAAGCACUAGCACUCGGUCCAGUUCUCGGUACAAAAUUCACCCUGAUCUUUCACAGAGCAACAAGAAGAGCAGCUCGGAUGACCAACCAACGAACAGUAAUCUAAACAGCGAAAGUGCCAGAGACUCAUUGUGCCGUGAUACACCAAAUGUUGAUUUAAUGGGUUUGUGUAGGGAGGGUAAGGUUGAAGAGGUUGUGGACCUUAUGGGUCAAGGUGUUUGUGCCGAUUAUAGUGUUUUCUGUGCAUUGUUGGACUCAUGUGCAAAUUCUAAGUCGGUUGAGGUUGGGAGGAGGGUGGAUGAAUUCUUGAAACGGUCUCCGUUUCGUGGAGACAUGGAAUUGAAUAACAAAUUGAUUGAGGUGUAUGGGAGAUGUGGUAGUAUGAAAGAAGCACGCAGAGUGUUUGAUAGAAUGCGCGAGAGGAAUAUGAAUUCAUGGCAUUCGAUGAUAAAUGGGUAUGCAGUGAAUGGGAAGGGCAAUGAUGGGUUGUUGUUAUUUGAGGAGAUGAGGGAGGUUGGAUUGCAGCCCAAUGGGAAUACAUUUUUGGCGGUUUUAUCAGCAUGUGCUAGUGCAGAAGCUGUUGCAGAAGGGUUAAUACACUUCAAAUCGAUGAUGACUGACUAUGAAAUUGCUCCGAGAAUGGAGCAUUGUUUAGCGGUUAUUGAUGUCCUUGGGGGGUCUGGUCAUUUGAAUGAAGCAGAAGAGUUCAUUGAGAAAAUGCCGUUUGAGCCUGUGCCUGAGGUUUGGGACACUAUUAGGUAUUAUGCAAGAAUUCAUGGAGAUAUAGAACUUGAAGAACGCGUUGAGCAGUUAUUAGUUAGUCUUGAUCCUUCCAGAGCUGUCGCUGACAGAAUCUCAAUUCCCCCUAGGAAGAAGCAUUCUGCAAUUAAUAUGAUCGAGGAUAAGAAUAGGUUGAGUGAGUAUCGGUGUGCCGGUCCUUACAAGGAAGAGGCGUUUGAGAAGUUGAAAGGUCUGAAUGGGCAGUUGAGGGAAGCAGGAUAUGUGCCGGAUACAAGAUACGUGCUUCAUGACAUUGAUCAGGAGGCCAAAGAACAGGCUUUAAUGUAUCAUAGUGAGCGCUUGGCAAUUGCCUACGGUUUGAUUAGUACUCCGGCAAGGACAACUCUCAGGAUCAUUAAGAAUCUAAGGAUCUGUGGUGACUGCCAUAAUGCCAUAAAAAUCAUGUCCAAAAUUGUUGGGAGGGAGUUGAUUGUUAGGGAUAACAAGAGGUUCCAUCAUUUCAAGGAUGGAAAGUGCUCUUGUAGGGAUUAUUGGUAAAGCAGUUGACACCUUGAUGCUAAUGUAGAUAGUGCUUUCAUCGUACAUUAUGGUUCUACUGAGAUUCCUCUACCUUUUAACGCUAAAAAAAGUUCAGCAAUUUGCCAAUAUGUUGUACAUUAACUUUGAAACAGCGUGUGUUUGCAUGCUAAGAUUUACAUGUAACAAGGUAUGAAAUAUAUCUUCCUUUUGCUCCA